ACCUGUCUUCGGAGGACACCUUCCGAGCAGCGAGUUCAGACCGGCAGCGCGUCCAGAAACAUCUCCUCGCUAAGUGAUAUCUGCACACGUACACAUACGCACCCCGGCAGAUAAGACAUACUGUGUUGGUCCGGUCCCUGCAUUCAUCCCAUUGGCGUCUGUCGAUCGCCCGGCCAGCAGUCCGCUCAGCCCUUCUUACCAUCCGAGUCUCCUUAUGCAUGGGAACCGACAGGCUCCACCCUGCACACACCACCAAAAGAGACAACUUUGAGUCAAACAAAACAGACAGUUCGUUGAAAAGAACACGCCAUCCCCUUUCUGCCGUUCGGCCUGCACGCACAGAUGCGCGUACCAGUGCCCUGCAUGAUGUUGCCGGGCGCCAGCCGCCCACGGACCCGAAACCGAAUGGGCACGGCGGCCGUGGUAGGGUUGGGCAGCGUCAGCAGCACCGCCCCGUGGAACACGCCCUCCCUCGGCGACGCACUCGGCUUCAGCUCAUACAGCUGCACACAGCAGUCCUCACCCCCACCCACAUCGUCGCAUUUGACCAUGCGAGGCACGCCGACCUCCAGCAGCACAGCCAUCCCUUUGUCCUUCCACAUAGACCCGCCCCCCUCCAUCUCCACCUUGACAGACAGCCGCACACCCAGGCAGGCGCGGAGCCGCAGCAGCGGAGCAUUAGCAGGACAUGACGUCCCUUUCGGCUUUGACGACGACACAGAUGAUAAAGAUGAAGAUGAAGGUGAAGGUGAAGAUGCGCAGCGGAGCCCCAGCACCGACCCCUUUCUCAGUGGCAGCUGGCCCUUCCGCACAGGAGUCUGGGGGGAGGGGGGCAGCGGGGCGUUGGCCAGGGCGACCGUCAGGCUGCACUUGAGGGGGGCGACAGAGGGGUCGUCGAGCAGAGAGGGCAGAGAGGUUGGCAUCACCGACGGCAGCAGACGGCCGAGCGACAAGCGAAAGAAGUCUGGGGGCUUGGUGGCCGUGUCGGGCGGCGGCUGGUCCGCAUCAGCCCGUGCCGGCAGUGCUCGCGCGGCCCGCAUGGCAUCCUGACACGCCACAUCAGACGCCGGGGGCUCGAUGAAUGCCGCCACCGUCCACACGGCAAGGAGACGCAGACACCCAACAGUGGUCCGCAGGGUGGGGCCGAGAUGGAAGCCCACCAGCAGCCGCGUCGUCAGCCUGUGAAGCUCCACAGCGGUUUUCAACACUGCCGGCUGAUGCGUCUUGCCUGUGGCUGGCAUGAGGGCGACGCAGGUGAUCUCCAUGGCCAUCUGGAGACCCUUGAGGAUCACGAGAGAAGCUUCGGAGGAUGGGGGCAGGAGGGAGGACUUUGGGGGGUCGCCGCUGCUGUCUGGCUCAGAUGAGGUCCUCACGGCGCCCUUGAGGCCUUCAAGGACGCCGACCUGCUCCUUCAUGCGUGCCAGCAGGGCCGACAGCCGGUCCUCCUGUCCGUCGGGGGCGGCCUGAGCCAUGAGGUGGGUCACCUGGUCCUUCAUCUCCUCAUAGAUGGUCCCGACGCUCGUCAUCUUGGCCGCCAUGCCCUCCCGCACCCUCUUGGCCUCCUCCUCCCUCUCGGCCUUGUCGUCCCGCACAUAGACGCUCACAUAAACUUUGCCGAGGCUCCCAUUCGCCUCUGGGCCCCCCUGCCCACCGGAGGACUUGUCCACAUCCAUCGUGACGGCCUCACCACGGCUACCACCACCACCACUACCACCAUUCUCACCCGCGUCGCCACUCACCAGCAGCGUCUUGUCCCGGACCAUCUUGGCCUGGUGAGCCGUGAAGGUCAGCGGGGCCAUCUCCUGCGGCGGGGCGACUGGCCGCCACUGCUGGCCCACCAGUGGGGGCGAUGCUUCUGGUGCAAAGUGGAAGAGGAGGUGGGGGAUGAAGUGGGGCAGGGCCGACCUGUGGGAGGGGUAUGCGGUGAGGAACGACAGGGGCAGCAGGGGGGCGAGGGCUGGGUCGUGGGGGAUGGCCGUGAACAUCAGCACGGCGGCGCACCGGUGGCGGAACUCCUUCUUGAACGACGAGCGGGGCGCAAAACUGACGGACAGACAGACCGGGAGGCGGAGAGCGGAGUGAUUGUGGUGUGAGGGCGACGGGCCUUUUCCAGUGUGUGUUGGUCUCUCUCCCUUUGACUCACUCACUUGGUAUCCCACUUGAGCAUCACGUGCAGCUGCUCCUUGACAAACGAAGCGUGCUCGCGGCCAUGGUAGGACAUACACCUGCACACACGCACAGGCCACAGGUGCCACUACUCCGUUCCCAUUCCAUCCUGGCCUAGCCUAGCCCGCCACCGACACGACCGACAUACUUGUAGAUGAGAGUGGCGUCUUCCUCUCUGAAUGGGACAUCCAUGAGGGCCUCGAAGGUGGUCUUGAGGGCCUUGCUGUGUGCGAACUUGCACCGCUCCAGCAGCCAGUAGACGACCUCCCUGUCCUCCACCUUGCGGUCUCGCAGCGCCAGCAUUAUCCGCUUCAUCGCUCCGUCCUUCAGAGGGGACACGUGAGACAACGCCACCUUCAACUGACCACCAAACACACACACACACACACACACACGCCCACACAUGCAGUGCAGAGACAGCAGGGAGUGCUGGUUGUGUGGGUGUGGUGUGGUGUGGGUGGGCUACCUCCCCUACCCUACCUCAGCAGUGGCCAUCCUGACGCGGACAUUCUCCUCUCCGAUGUGGUCGACAGUGCCGAUGUGGAUGACGUGCACCACGUCCUCUGACAGCCGGGGGACGCGGUGCGGCAGGGCCGACCCAUUGCUGGUGGCACCGGUGGGCGGCUCGGUGUCAGGGGCCUGCGCCCAUAUGAUCUGGGUGAGGGCCUUGAUGGUCGCGAUCUGCACCUCCGGGCACUCGUCUUCCAACAAACCCAGGAAGAUCCUGCACGCGCGCGCAGACGGCCGGCUGGCCUAUUCAGUAUGUAUCGCGUCUCGUGUGUACCACUCUCCCACGUACGUACCCGCGGAGCCACGUGGCCGAUCGGUCAUUGUCCUGCCAGCCCGCCCAGUCGCGCCGCAUCGGCAUCUUCUCCUUGGGCAUCUGCGGCCGGGCGUUGUCAGGCGGCCAUGCUCUCGUGAACUCGCUACUGGCGUCCACCACGAUGGGCAUCUCCGCCAGCCCGGCCUCGAUGACCUCCUGUGGCGCCAUGCGGUGCUCGGGGAAGGGCAGGGUCUCCCGGGGAGGGAGGAGCGGCAGCGGGGGCGUGUCGACGAUCUCCGGCGCCUUGUACUUCUGCACGUGCAGUAGCUUCUGAAUGAUGAGGUCGAGCUCGCGGGCAGAGGGGUAGGGGGACGACAGGAGCCGGCCGAAGGCAUACGCCACCUCACGACGCACUGACCAGUCCUCGUCAACUGAGUGACAGAAAGAAAAUAAGACAGACACACACAGCCGUGAGUGAGGUGAAAGAGGAGGAAGGAAACAGAUUCAUUGAUAUGCAUCGGUAGUUGCCCUCACUCACCUGCGAGUAUGGCCAUGGCGUUGCCCACGUUCCGGCACGUGAUGUGGUUGUUAACGGCGCUGACCACAUCCCCGUCUCUCUGCAGCCGCAUCCAUAACUCCUCAUUAUUCUCAUCUCCACCACCCACCUCCAUCUUGACCACAACGCCGCCAGGCGCCUCCACACUACUCGCCGCUGCAGCUGCAGCAGCCGCGGGUGGCCUGCUCUUGUCCCUAAUGACCUCAAUCGUCUCGCGAUACGCCACAUAGACGGCAACGACCGCAGGGAUGGCGCGCCGACGCACGACAGUCGACACGUGGCGCAGACACGUCAAGCCGCAUAUAACGCACUGUCGCAGGGCCGAGAGGAGGUCACGCAGCGGGGUGUGGGCGCCUGAUGAGCCGGGCUGUGUGUCGUCAAUGGCUGCCCUGAGGUCCUGGGGGACUCGCCCUGCGGCCAUGACGACCUCACACAGCGCAUGGACAAUGAGAAGGGGCUGCGACGAGAGAUCCUCCACCCUCGAGACCAGACGCCUGAAGCAGACAGACACACAACCACACAGAACAUAUUGAACUACCAUCCCGGCCGCUCGAGCUGUAAAAGUAUGAGUGUGUGAUGGACCUACCUGAGUUCGCUGACAGUGUCGUGCUUGAUGGGCACCGCCACCCCGCCCCUGCCAUCAGGUGGCAGCGAGGCCAUCGGGGCCACCUCCUCCUCGUCAUAAUUCCUCAGCCUGUUGUCCAUGGUCUGCGUCUUGCGCACCUUGUGUUUGGCCGGAUCUGUCUUGACGCGCUUGCUGGUGGGAGCUGGCGACACCAGCCCGCCAUGGCCCUGCAGCUGUGGCAUCGGAUCACGCCGCUUGACGGGCAGCAUCUUCUUGGGCUCCUUUGAUUCCAUCUCCCGCUUGACGUGUGGUUGCUGCCGUCGCGAUGAAGGGCGGGGAGGUGGACGUGGUGGAGGCGGCGGCGGCGGCGGCGGUGGCCGGCCUCGACUCAUCGACGAGUGGCCACGCCACCUUGCCCCAGGAGGAGGCAUUGAAGGAUUGGGAGGACCAAACAUUCGUCACACGCCAGGAGCUUUGAUCCUACGCUACGCUGAGGUUGGCCUGACCGCU